AUGACCGAAAAUCAAAAAUUGACCUACACGACGGCCGCUUUGUCGCUGGUCUUGAAACGAAUGCAGGGCAAAACGGUGAGUCGAAAAAAUUGAGCAAAGAAAAGAUUUAUUAAGAUCUACGAUUCGUUGCCUGGUCCGAAAUUGCCUUUUCUGGGAAAUUAUCGCGACUGCGAUCCUGAUCCGGUAAUAAAAGCUCUGAACUUGGAAAUUCUAGUUUCUCUGCGCUCUCUCGUGAUUACUUGCUAUUUUUUGUUUCUAUGACUUUUCCAAGGAGGGAAAAGAGGUUGCAGACAGGUUAGAACGGCGUUUUCAGCUGGGUUGUCAUAAAUCUACUUUGUAAACAAGAUUGGAAGUCGGUAAAAGUCGGGCGCACUUCCAGCAUAAGUACCAAAUCAAAAAUUCCAUUUUCAACCGACUACGCGCAACGUUUAGAGUCAUUUUCAACCUUUUUCGGCGAUUCAAGUCUCAAAAUAACUUAUUCAAUAUCAGAUAAUGGACGUCUUAUUUGAUUCGAGCGACGAAAUAGUGACCCGAAAAAGUCGCGUACCGAAUUGUGAGAUCGCGUCGAAAUUCAGACAAGAUUACGCUUUUGGCAACGAACUUGAGUCAGUUUUUUAUUUGGAAAAUGCUUGAAAUAACUUCAUUUCAGUUAUUUCCGUGGGAAUGGGAACCGAAAAGCAAAUUCUGUUUUGCCGCCACCGUCGGCCUUGGAAAAGUUCAUUUUUUGAGUUGAAAAUUAUUGGAUCAUGCAAUACUCACUGCUUCUUCCAGUGCCAUUUUUUUCUUUUCAAAUUAAAAAAAUUGAAAAAAACUAGGCUAUUGUGAAUAAUCUCUUCUUUUUAAAUUCUGUCUUUUUUUUUCGAAAUUUUCUAGUUUUUUUUUUAAUGCUAUAUCAUCUACCGCCAGUUAAUUAAACCCUUUAAAGUUAAAUUUUAUGACUUAUUAUGGUUUUCAUAAUUUUUUUGUAGAGAAUUUGCGCAAUUUUUUUCGACUCAACCAAUGCCGUGUCCUAUAAUCCGACUACAUCGACCGAAAAGGUCCGGGUUUUUCCGAAGAAAACUCCAAAUUAUUCAUAAUUUCAGCCUGCCGACAAGGAUCUUCUCGCGUUGGUUCCUUUCGUUGGAGAUUUUACAGAACCUUUUGAAAAGUUUGAUUUUUAUUUUUUUGAAAAGAAAAAUUAAAUAAAAGUAUGAAGAUUUCUGCUUAUUAUUCUUUAGAAAUUCUUGAUAUCUUCUAAAAUUUUUAAUUUUAAUUGACUCACAGAUUUUUAACUUCAGCGUCGAAAAAAUCCCCAGCUGGCGCUUUUCCAACACUCCGCCACUGUUGAGGGAAUUUUCACCGGCCGGAAAAGCUCGGAAUGAAUUUUCAGUGAGUUUUUGAAAUUGACAAACAAUUUCAACAUGUUUUUCGCUUUCAAAUUUCAUUUUCAGUUCUCGAGUCUGCCGAAAAAAGAUGUUCAACGGCCAAUCGAGACCGACAAUUUCACUUUCGAGCCGUUCCCGCGGGAAGAUUUCGGGAACAGUUUGCCAAAAAUCACUUGGCUCGAAUCUUCUACCCAUUCCCAAUGCAAUUGUCCUCAUUGUCCUCAGCAAAUGAGAAAUUCUCAUCGACCUGGAUCAGGUAAAUGAAGUAAAAAUCUGUAAAAAUAUAAAAUUCUUUGCAAAUCUUGGAAAAAAGACGUCUCAAAAUGAUGUUAGACUGCCCGGAAAUGGCCUCGACACGAAGAAAAAAAUGGAAACAAUUCGAGUUUUUUUUUUUUUAAAUUCAAUAGAAGGCUAUACUCCUGUCAUCAACAGCUUGAGACAAAACUAACUGAAGAGACGUCUGAACCUCUCUUUUUCGCACAAUAUUUUGCUGAUCGUGUUGAGACCCUCAUUCAGAUUCCCAAGACAGCGGUGAAUGAAUUUGAGUGUUUUUCUUCACGCCUUUUUUACCUCAUGAUUUCUGCGCUUUUUCUCUCACCUUGGUCAUAGAAGCAGGAAAAGAAAACUUACAUACAAGAUUUUUGGCUAGGAAAAGAUGGCUUAGACUAGUUAUAGUCUGUUCAGAUUUUGAAUGUUAAUUCGUCGCUCAAGCUCCGCCCCUAAUGGUGCGUUAAACCAAUCAGAGAGCGAGCCAUCCACAGAGCGUUUUCGAAUGACGUAAUUGUUCUUAACAUUAAAAAUCUGAACAGACUAUACAAUGUUUUAACAAGGUUUUCUAAAGUUUAAAAACUCCAGAAUUUCUCGCCAUCGAAGCGCCGCCUCGAAAUGCUACCCAACACUUGAGGGACCACUCAGAAACUGCCGAUUUUUGGCUUUUUCCCGAACCUUCUUUUGAUCAACGAAAGAGGUAGGAAUUUUUGAAACACUUGUUUUUUUUGGUAAUAUAAAAGUCCAACUAAUUUUUGGCAGCUUAAUAUAUAUAUUUUUUCAGCCCGCGCAGUGGAAAAACGCCCUGGAACCAUGAUGACUACGACUUUUCCUUAGGAUUUUGA